AUGCUCAAUGUACAACCCAACCUUGAGGAGCAUAAGGAGCAAAGGUGCAACAUCUUUCAUAUGAAGUGUAAGGUGAAGUCCAAGACGUGCUUGGUCAUUAUAGAUGGAGGGAGUUGUACAAAUGUGGUGUGUGACCGGUUGGUGGCCAAGUUGGGAUUGAAGGUACUUAAACACCCAAACCCCUACAAAUUGCAAUGGUUAGGGGACUCCGGAGAGUUGAGGGUGAAGGCUCAAUGCAAAGUUCCAUUGAAGAUUGGGGAAGUUGAGGAAGAAAUCCUAUGUGAUAUCAUUCCUAUGACGGCAUGUCAUGUUUUGCUAGGGAGGCCAUGGGAGUUUGAUAGAAGGGCCUACAAAAAUGGCUUCACGAAUGAGUAUUUCUACAUGCUCAACGGGUUGAAGGUUCGUUUGAAGCCAUUGCUACCUAGUGCCGUGUUUGAGGCUAGCCAACAUCUACAAAAGGAAAGAGAGAGAGAUAGGGAAAAAAGGCUAGUAGAAGAAUGUGAGCUAAAAAAGCCAAGUGAGAGUGGGGGUGGUGAGAGAAAAAUAAAAGUGCCCAAAGGAGAGCACCCACAAACAAGAGGGGGAAAGGAAUGUUUGAUAGCUAGUAAAACCGACCUUGGGUGGGCACUAAACAAUCACCUCUCCGUUCUCCUCGUGGUCCGUAAGGAUUUGUGCUUAGCUACUAACCUUGACCCGUAUCCUUUGAUUGUCCAAAGUGUGUUGCAGGAAUUUGAAGAUGUAUUCCCGGAGGAACUCCCGAGUGAACUCCCUCCCAUGAGGGGGAUCGAGCAUCAAAUUGUCCUUUUGCCGGGAUCAUCACUCCCAAACCGGGCCGCAUACAAGGCGAACCCCAAGGAGACACAAGAGCUACAAAGGCAAGUCGAGGAACUCCUUGCCAAAGGUCUAAUUCGUUAA